AUGACGAAGAACAACAACAACCGCGGUGGUGGUGGUGUCAGCGAAAACGACGAGGACGAGGACGACGAAAGACGAGGACGAGGACGAGAGAAGGACGAGGACGAGGACAACAAAAACAGGAAGAAGAAGAAGGAAAGGAAAAGGAGAGCGUUUUCGUCAAAGUCACCGACGAGGAACGAGAACGAGAACGAGAAGGAGAAGAGAGAAGACGAGGAUGAAAAGGAUUCGACGAAGAAAACAACGGACGGCGUUGGUAUUCAGUACGGGUAUCAACCGCGCGCGCCGAACCCGAACGGGAAGCAAAGCGUUCCGAAACAUCCGCAGUCCAUGGUCGCGGCGAAGCACGUUUCGAUCGACGGGAACAACGGCGGGAGCGGUACUGGUGGUGGUGGUGGUGGUACUAGUAUUACGACGACAAAAGCGACACAAAAUAGUGGCACUACUAACGGAGUACCAACAUCAACGACAAGGAUAGAAGAAAUUGCAGCCUACCAAAAGAAGAAGCAACGCGAUGCGAGAAGAUGGUUGCUCUCGCAGCAGAUUUCCGCGUACGAAAACCUAUCGGUGCCGAAUUCAGAUACCGCGAAGAAGCAACGGCAGGUGUACGUUGGGAACAUUCCACCAGAAGUGGACGCGGAGACGUUGAACGUGUUCUUAUCGUCCACGUUGUCGGCGGCAUAUCCCGAGGCGUUGGCAUCGGGUAAGUAUCCGAACGAUUCGUUAAUCGAGGAGAUCAAGAUGAGUGUCGAUCGCAAGUAUUGUUUCGCGACGGUGGUGGAUCCAGAUAUGGCAACGGCGUUGUUUGCCAUCAACGGCGUCGAUUUGUGCGGGUAUACGUUGAUGAUUGCUCGACCGAGCGGGUGGGUAGAUCCGGAAACGAUGAAGGAAAAAGCAGACAUUGCGUACGAACAGAUGAAAAUUAUACAGGCGGAAGAGAGAGCAGAAUUGGGGGAGAAUUUGCCGGCGCAUUUGGCCGCCGCCAAUAACGUCGCCGCCGCAUCCGCGCGGAAAGUAGAAGGAGGGGUAGUAGCAGUAGCAGAGAAAGGAGUAGAAGAAUCAGUAACAACGGUAUACGUCCAAUUAAAACAUAUCGCCACCGAGGAAGACGUAAACGAUGACGAGGAAUACGAAGAUUUAAAGUUGGACGUCGCCGCCGAGUGCGAAAAGUUUUGCUCGCAUUCUUCGAGUAGUAGUAGUUCGUUAGCGCUUCCUAGGCGAGGCCCGUUCGUCGGCUCGGCGUUUGCUAAGUUUAGCGAUAAAGAGUCCGCUUUGAAAGCGAAGGAAGGAAUGCACGGUCGAGCGUUUGACGGUAGAAUUAUAGAAGGUUCGUUCGCGAGCGAAAGCGAGUACGAACAAGCACUCAAGGACGAAUGA